AUGGAAGCGAUCGGUGCUGUCGCAAAUAUCAUCGCUCUCGUCGAUCUUUCUGCCAAAAUUGCAAAAGUAUGCUUUCAAUACUCCAAAGGGGUCUCCUCUGCCCGCACGGAUAUCGAGCGCCUUCGUCGCCAAGCAGAGCAUUUGGAGAUUACUCUCAAAGCCGCCCAACGUCUCGUCGAAGAAAGCAAAACCUCGUCCCUUCCAACCUCCCAAGCCUUCAUAGCUACCUUUCAUAGCUGCAAGAAUGAGCUUGAGAGUACAUUGAAGAAGCUGCAGCCGAGCCCGAUGCGGCGGUACGGCAUGCGAUCGUUAAAGUGGCCAUUCAAGAGCAAAGACAUCGACCAGCUCUUGGAUGGACUCAAGGGUUACGAAGGGUCUAUCUUGGCUGGACUUCAGGUCGAUCAGACGACGUUGCUUCUUGAUAUACAAGAGGGAGUAAAACAGCUCAAUCUUCAAGUAACUGGAGAUGCAUCGGCCCAUGAAAAGCCUCAUAUGAUGAUGCCACUUACUCCAGACCCAGACUUCAUAUGCCGGCCAUCUAUCGAAGAAUGGAUGAAAAAACAAUUUGCUGAAAUGACCCAGCGAAUGGCAUUAGUUGGCAUGGGCGGCUUUGGGAAGUCAAAAUUGGCCAUACAAUUUGUGCACAAGAUCUAUGCUGAUACUGGAAGAAGUGUCUUCUGGGUUCAUGGAGCUGACAAAGCGGCCUUCGAAGAAUCAUAUCGGGCUCUUGCUGAUGUACUUGCUUUACCUCGCCGGCAUGAACCGGGGGUUAGUAUUCUAGCACUGGUACGAGACUGGCUGCAAAGGGACGACGUCCACCCCUGGUUUAUGAUCGUCGACAAUGCCGACGAUGGCAAAGUCUUCUUUUCCGAGGACGAUUCCUUUGCCUCAUACCUGCCCAAAUCGACAAAGGGCAAAGUCCUAGUUACGUCACGCAGUCUCGACACCGCGCAAAGACUUGUUGGCAACACUAAGGCGAUAUACCGCAUUCCCAUCAUGGCAGAGGAUCAAGCUCUUGAACUGCUGCAGAGCUUACUGGAAGACAGAGUGAAUGGAAACGAAGCGGAGGAAUUAGUUCGUACCCUUGACUGUAUUCCCCUGGCGGUAAAGCAAGCAGCAGCAUACAUCAAUCGUCACAGUCCACGAGUCACCGCCAAGUCAUACCUAAAAGAUUUAUACAAGAGUGAGAAGCGAAAGCACAACCUUCUACGCAGUGAUAAGGGAGACCUGGGCCGACAAGCAGGAGUCUCGAAUUCUGUUGUCGUGACGUGGCAGGUGACUUUCAAGCAAAUCAGGGACGAGCAUCCUAGUGCUGCCAAUCUUCUUUCACUGAUGAGUCAGUUUCAGUCUCAGAACAUUCCCGAGUUUAUGCUGCAUUGGUACAAUGAUGAUCGUUUUGCGGACGAUGGAGAUGAUGAUCGCGAAAUCAACACUCGGGGAGCGGCCAAUGGGGUCAAUACAGCGAUCGAGGAUGGUAGCGAUGACGUGAACGAGUCUGACAUUGGAAGCGACGACGACAACGAGCAAAUGGCAUUUGAGAAUGACUUGGAUAUCCUACGAAGCUACUCCCUCGUAGACAUAACGACAGACGGUCACCUCUCGAUGCACCCUCUCGUCCAGUUCUGCACUCGUGGAUGGAUCUCAGAACUAGGGAACUCUGCAAGAUGGAGUAUUCUCUUUAUCAAACUGGCUGCAAAGAAGUUCCCUUCCACUGCUUUCAAAGACUGGUCUAUUUGCCAAACACCCCUUACUCACGUGGAACCCAUCCUUGGUAUAAAACCGAUUCAGCGGAGUGCGAUCAAGGAUUGGGCUACGCUUCUCCUUCGAAUGUCUUACUAUAUGAAGGCAAUUGACCAAUACUCGCGAGCCCAAAUACUUGUAGAGAGGUCAAUUGAAGCAAGAGAUACCCUUCUUGGACAUGAUCAUCUUGACACUCUGGCGAGCAAGACCGCUCUUGCCUCAAUAACACGACUUCGAGGCAGGCUAAAGGAGGCGGCGGAGCUGGGAGCCGAACUUGUAGAAAUGAGGAAGGCAGCACAUGGAGUUGACGAUAAGCGGACAUUGGACGAUAUGUCCAAUCUUGCCACAAUCCUUUAUGAUCAGGGUCGCUUCGACGAGGCAGAGAAGUUAGAAGUUGAGAUAUUGGAGAGGUCCCAGGCAACGCUCGGCCCCGACCAUGGCAGAGGCGCUAGGAUUAGAUGCUCUGGAGAGAAGGAAGGCAACGCAUGGACUUGA